UCCUGUAAGGUAACGUGGUUUCUGGUCGGGGACAGCAUGGCCGAACUCAGGAUAAAUCGCAAGUUCGCCGAGCGCUAUGACCGCUACCGGGAGAAGGAGGAGCUGCAGCGCCUGAAGGAUCGAUAUGGAGACAAGGAAGAUGACGGCAGCGGAUCCUCCAGCUCUGAGUCAGAAAGUGAAGAUGACUUGGAGAUCGACCCCCAGCUGGACAAGGACUUUUAUCGGACUCUGUCCCUCCUCAAAAAGAAAGAUCCGGUCAUCUACAAGGAGGAUGUCACUUUCUACCAGGAAAGCGAUCUACCUGCCCCCAGCCAGAGCAAAACGUCCAAGGAGAAGCCCAUGUACCUGAAGGACUAUGAAAGAAAAGUCAUCCUGGAGAAGGAAGGUAAAUAUGAGGAUGAGGACAGCUCGGAUGGAGAGGACCAGCUAAUGCAGGAUCAGAGAGCUCGAUCCCCAACGUAUAUAGAGGAACAGCGGCAGAUCCGAGACGGUUUCCGGAAGUUCAUUGAGGACAGUGACAACGAUGAAGAGGAGGUGACCACAGCAAAUCUGCUAACAAAACGCAUAAAAACCAAGAAAGAGCAAGAGCAGGAGGAGGAACAACACAUUGCUUGGCUCAAGGGACAGAAGGACAUAGAAAAUAAAGAUGAAGUGAAGGAAAUGGAUUAUCUGAAGCAGUACUGGAAUGAUCCUUCACUGGACGAAGGAGAGAAAUUCCUGAGAGAUUAUAUUCUGAAUAAGGAGUACAAGGAAGAAGAUUCUGAAGAGGAAGAGGAGGAAGAAUGCCCUCCAGCAUUGGAGGAGGCUGCUCAUGUCUCGGACUCGGAAGACGAGGGGGAAAUUUUCUUAAAGAAACAGGAAGAUUUUGAGAGAAAAUACAAUUUUAGAUUUGAGGAGCCCGAAUCUGAUUUGAUUAAGACUUUCCCUAGAACUAUCGUACAGUCAGUGAGGAGGAAAGACGACCGGAGGAAGAGGAAACGAGAAGAGAUAAGGGGGAGAAAGCAGAAGGAAAAGGAGAAGAAACAAGAGGAGCUGAAGCAGCUGAAAAACCUGAAGCGGAAAGAGCUGCAGGAGAAGCUGCAGAGGCUACGCGAGUUGACAGGGGAGCAGAAUUUGGGAGUGACAGAGGAGGAUUUGAUGGAAGAUUUUGACCCUGCAAAAUAUGAUGAGAUAAUGCAGAAAUGCUUUGGUGAUGAUUACUAUGGUAUAGAGGAGGAGCAGAAGCCGCAGUUUGAGGACGAUGAUGCACUGGAAGACGACUGGAACUGGGAUAACUGGACCGGGGAGGAACAAGAGGAUGAUGAGAAUAUGGAGUUUGAAGAGGAGGAUUCUGCACCUCACUGGGACGACCCCAACUUUGUGAUGGAUGCAGACUAUGACCCCCAGGCAGCUCCUGUCCCAUCUCGUAAAGUAAAGAAGAAAAUGAGACUCGAGCAAGAGAAGAACGCCAAGAAUAGGAGAAAGUCCAAGUUUGCAGAAGCUGUGAGCCGACAGAAGCCCGUGUUCAACCCAGAUGAUAAAAGCUUCCAGGAGUACGUGGAGGAGUAUUACAAGUUAGAUUGCGAGGAUAUAGUGGAUGAUCUUCCGUGUCGAUUCAAGUACCGGCAGGUGCUUCCCUGUGACUUUGGACUCACGACAGAGGAGAUCCUGGCUACAGAUGACAAGGACUUGAACAGAUGGUGUUCUUUAAGAAAAACCUGCAUGUACAGAUCUGAUAAGGAGGAUGUUUACGAUCAAAGUGUCUACAACCAAAAGGGGCAAAACACCUGGAAGAAGCAGCAAAUCUUGAAGUCUUUGUCUCAGAGUAACGAUGAGGAUUCGGAAGCUCCAAGUACUUCCAAACCUAAACUAGGAAAGAACCGGCGAGACAGGUUAAAGAACCAGGCUGAGGAAAAUAACCCAACCCCGAAGCCAGCUGCAGCUUCAUCACCGACAAAGGUAGAAACUGGUCACCAGAAGCUAUCUCCAACGCCUAAACCAGCACCCAAGACGGCAGCAACCAGUGAGGAGAAAGCGACAGGUGUGACUCCACAAUCGGAGAAGAGUAAGGACAAGCCGAUCCUGCCAAAGCAGAAAACAGACUCUUCUGUAAUCUCCACUGUUAAGACCAAGACGUCAGAAUCCAAGGCAGCCGAAUUGUUCUUGAAAGAAAAACUGAAGAAGGUGAAAAGAAAAGGUGGGCGUCUGCUGGGCAACAAAGUGAGUCUGGGUGGGCGAGAGUUCAGUGGGCAGAGGCUGCGGGCAUACGGUUUGAACCCCAAGAGGCUGAAGUACAGACAGCUCGGCCGAGAGCGGCGAAAACUGAAGGAGAAGCAAGAGAAGAAGAAAAGCGGCAGCAAAGCAGAGUGACCGUGGGCGCGCAGAGACUGUGGGUGGCAGGAGCACAAGAAAAGGGACUUUCAGUAAAAACAAGAAAAGCUUUUAUUUCCCCAGACAAUAAAGUGAUUUCCACAAUAUACAGA